AUGCAGGACCGACGAAGGUCCUCAAUCGCCAGCUCUCUACCGGGCAGCCUGACCGAGACUGCGCUCAAUCUGCCGCUAGACGCUCGCAGAGACUUGACCCAAGCUUUACUAUGGUCUCUACCUCGGGAGGACAUCAUCGCUCUGAGCCUCGACCUGAGUAGGCUACUGCAGAAGGAUAUCCUCGGUCAACUGCCGUCCGAGGUCUCAGUCAUCAUCCUCUCUCAUUUGACGCUCGAAGAUAUCUUGAAAUGUCGACUGGUCAGCCGAGACUGGGCCAAGCUGUGCGAGGAUCAAGGCCUCUGGGCUCGUUUCUGCGCAGCCGCCGUCCCCCGAAUCCGGCCUAGAUAUACGACAUGGGCCGACCUGACACUUCAUCAGCAGCUUCUGCACCUCCCCCGACCGAAUAUGCCGGACGAUGAUGUGGCGUCUUUCGAAUCCAAUCUCGAGGACCUCACGCUGGACGUGGGCGGGCUGGACGUCAUCGGGGCGCAAGGCGGACUGGGCGGCGGAGGAGGUGUAGAUUCCUUCUCCAUGGCAGGAGGGGUGAGGGGGAUGGUAUGGGAGCGGAGCGGGUACGGACUGCCCUCAUACACUCAGCAUCACCCGUCCUCGCCUUCUUCAUCCUCCUCGAGACGAACACCACGGAUCUCACCUCGCUCGAAACGGCCUCUCCAGUCUCACCUGGCCCUCCCUACGACUCAACCUCAAGUCAAUUAUAAACACCUCUACAUUGUUCGCGACAUCCUCGCGCGGAGGCUACGGGGCGGCGGAGUAGGCCGGGCCGGUCAGACCAUAUCGGGUCCGGAUACAUCAGCUGCGGACAAGCUCAGACCGUCAACAUAUCAUGUCCGCCCCCACACAAUCGACGCCAUCUCCUCCAUUGAAGCAGGCGGUCUCCCCGGUCAUUCCGAAACCAUCUACUCCCUCCAGCUCAUCGCUCGCCAAAUGAGCAUCACCAUGACCCCCACUCGACCUCACAGCGCCGCAGAAGAAAUGGCAGACGACGCCGUCUCGUUCUGGCGGGGAAAGUCUACGGCGCCAAAGACAUCUUCGGGUCCCGUCUCUGGGCGAGACUGGCUCUUGUCCGCAUCCCGAGACCAUACGCUUCGGCUGUGGCAGCUGUCAAGUCCAAAGCCAAGGGUCGUCAAGAUCUACCAUGGGGGUCAUAUCGGUUCCGUCCUGUGUUUGUCGGUCACGAGCGUGGCUCCGGAAAGCAGUCGCCCGCGGCGGGAAUCUGGCCCUGCGGGUUCACCAUCACGAUCCCGCAGGCAGUCUCGUCCGGGCUCGGGGGAAGGGAAGCGGCUCAUGGCGGUUAGCGGAGGAAGUGAUGGAAGGCUUUGCCUGUGGGAUAUGGAGCAUGGGGAUGGGAAGCCGGAAAAGAUGAUCGAGGCGCAUACGGAUUCGGUGCUCUGCGUACGAGCGGACGAUGAGCGGGUCGUGAGCUCUUCCAAGGAUCGAACUAUCAAGGUGUUCGAUGUGCACACGCUUAAGCGCCUCUUAACGAUAGACUGUAAUGAGAACGAGGGGUGGCAUAGGGGCGCCAUCAAUGCGGUUUGCUUGACCAAGGACUAUAUCCUAUCUGCGUCAGGAGACAGAACCCUUCGCAUCUGGUCCAUCCAUACCGGCGCCCUCCUAGCCUUCAUCGACGCCGGCACACGUGGUAUCGCCUCCAUGGACUUCUCCCAGCCUCCUCCCCACGCGCAUCCCUCCCUCAGAGGGAUCAUCGUCAUCGGCUCCUCCGAUGCCAGUAUCAAGGUCUACCACCUCAUCUCCCACAUACCAGGCGUCGACAUGGUGGAUGCUCUCGGGAUCAUACCGCCCCUACGCGACCUGUCUCUGCGGGAUAUGCUCUUGCACCAGGAGGACGAGAUGGGCUCAGAGGGCGACGGCGACGGAGAUGAAGAAGAGUCGACGACCGGAUGGGGGUCUUCCUUUCAUGGAGAUAUCGACCCGGAAGCGGGAGUGGAGGACCCGACGGAGUUGAGCUUGGAACUGGCCGGACAGUGCUGGGCGAGCUGCGCGUGUCCUGGGAGGCCGAGCACAUCGGACUCGGCGCUCUGUACUCGGUGCUUCAAUCGAGGACAUACGGAUCUCGUCCGGAGUGUGCAUUUGGGAGAGCAGGUGAUCCUCUCGGGUAGCUACGAUUCCACCGUCAAAGUCUGGGACCGAGCGUCGGGCAGACUUUUGAGGAACUUGGCGGGCGUUCAUUCCGGGCGGGUCUUCUCGGUCGUGGGUGACCAUCUGCGCAUCAUUAGCUCGGGCUUGGACGCGCGGAUCUCCAUCUGGGACUUCUCAGAGGGUUUGGAUACGGCGUUUGUAGAGCCAUAG